AUGAUUAUAAAUAAUAAUAUUUCUGAUGAUGAAAUAUUUGAUGAAGUGUUUUAUACAUUAGUUUUAGAUAGCAACUUUGAGAUGCCCAUUAAUGAGGCCCAAGUAAAAAGACUUUUUAAAUAUCUUAAACGUCUUACAGCCUUUCAUGUUUUGCGUCAAAAGACAAUCAAACUUUAUGCAUACAGACAAUUUUUAACAUUUCAUUUAAAUGAAAGCUCCUAG